AUCAUUUUAGCGACUUCCUUUGAUGGUCGUGACCAACAUAUGAUAAGGUGCCGCACUUCCGUUCCUCAAGGAACUCCUCGAACUUCUUUGAAGGGUGGUGCCGUGGCGUCAUACCGCAACGGGGCAUGAUGUGCAGUGAAAAGAUAAUCUGAUUGCUUCGAGGCGGUUCAACAUUAAGAGUCUGGCAAGCUUCGUCGGAUCCUCGAUGCCUCGAUGUACUAUCAGUGGGCAAGGAACUCUAAUCCAGCCUACCCGUUGCCCUGCAUGCAAGGGACUAUCGGGGAAUCGAUCACAAUAGUAUAUAGGUAGUUCUGUAUUCAUCUCGAAAUCCACCCAUUGGAACGCUCGCAUCUAGAGUUGAAUUGAAACUCUCAAAAAUUUGCAAUCUCAAUCACUUCAAUGAUCAUGUCUACCUGCGCACCAUCGCCCUUUGACCACCCAAAAGCUGACAUUAUCCUGCGGUCCGCAGAUGGUGUCGAUUUCUGUGUCUUCAAGCUCUUUCUCACCCUCGCCUCCCCGUUCUUCGAGACCAUGUUUGAACUCCCCCAACCAGCAGAUGGGACGGGUGACGAUACGAAGGAUGGUCUCCCUGUCAUUCCUGUGCCGGAAGAUAGCAAAACAUUAGACACUUUCCUCAGAUUCUGCUACCCCUCCACAUUGGCAGAAGAUCCCUUGCUUGAUAGUCUGGCAGACAUUCUAGCCAUCCUCGGAGCUGCGAAGAAGUACUCGUUGGACCUGAUAGAGAAGAAAGUAUGUCAGGCUCUAGUUAAUCACAAGGUUCUCGAGGCAGAGCCUCUUCGCUGCUUCGCAAUCGCCUAUAACGCACGGCUCAAACAUGAGACCAUCACCGCUGCCAGAUACACCCUACGACAGCCCUUGAUUCCAGCGUGGUUUGAAGAGAUCGAGCUCAUCACCGCGUCUGACCUUCUUGCUUUACUCACUUACCACAAGAAGUGCGCCAUCGCAGUAGCACCGUUACGGGCCAACUUGGAUUGGGUGACCAACCAUUAUGGCAGUUUAAAUAGCUGUAAAUGGUUGGUACCUGAGAUGCAAAACCCCAACCGCUCAUACUAUGGGACACCUGACCCCACCACCUGCAGUUGUGGACGGAGCACCCAAGCCGAAUUUAUGUUGUGGAACAACACUUCGGUCUCUUGGUGGGCUACUUAUAUGAAGGAAACAUUCGAGUUAUUGAGGGACACUCCUUGUCGCGAUAUCGUGAAAUCAGAAGCAGAAAAGACGAUACAGAAGGUCAGAGGGGCAGGCUGUACUCUUUGCUCCGCCAGGGUCAAGGAGAACAUGGAAGAGUUCAGCGAGUUACUCGCCCUCAACGUUGAGAAGGCAACUGCUUCGAUUGAACUAGAGAUGCACUUCUGACCGUGACUUGUCGCUAAGUACGUAGGAUAUACAUGUAUUACGUUUCUGAAAUUGUUCAGUUUGGAGAGAAAUCUAAACACAAGUGACUGCA